AACCGCGAUCUUCCUCAUUCCGUUUCGUUUCUCUUUCGAGUGUCUCAGCUGUGCUUCAUUUUUUGAUAUUCGGAUAAAAACUCAAUCUUUAUGAUUUCUUGGUCUUAGUAUUCAUCCAAUUCAAACUGGGAUUCUACUGGGUUGUUGUGGUUGCAGUGUUCAUCCAAUUUAAAAAUGGCGUUCAGACGGAGUAUAACCACGAGAGCUAAGCUCUUUUACCAGCAACAACCGCAGAUUGCGCCAUCGUUUUCCCACGUUCAACGGGAGGAUGACCGGAAAACCAUCGAGCUCAACUCCAGUGAUCCCAAAACAUUUAGCUAUGCUCAAUUCAGAUACAUUGGUAAUGGUGUUGGUGGCAUCAGACACCCACUUCUGGGGCCGCGAUUUCCGGCUCAGCUGGUCAUGCCUCCCAUGAGCUUGGGAGGUUGUACACUCAGGAAUAUGUCUACAGGUGAUGCAGUGGAAAAGGGCACGGCAGAGUUUGUGACUGAUUUUGCGGAUGUGCUGACAGAUAAGGUUGUUGAGGAUGUGGUUUCUCAAGCUCCGGCGGUGAAUGAGGUGGCAAUGGCUGCUGCGGACAGCUUUUUUCCGGUAGCCGCAUUGCAGUACUUGAUUGAUUAUGUGCAUUGCUUUACUGGAUUUAAUUGGUGGGCAUCGAUUAUUGCAACGAGUAUUAUGAUUAGAUUGGUAACUCUGCCAUUGAAUAUAAAUCAGCUCAAAUCCAUAUCAAGAUUAACACUUUUGAGGCCAAAAUUGGAUGAGAUAAGAGAAGACAUGCAGAACAGGGGAAUGAGCCCGGCAGCUGUGAAUGAGGGUAAACAACGAAUGAGUGCGCUAUUCAAGGAGUAUAAGGUUUCACCCUUUACUGCCAUGAAGGGGAUUUUUAUUCAAGGCCCUGUUUUUGUUUGCUUCUUCCUUGCUAUCACUAACAUGGCAGAGAAAGUCCCUUCUUUCAAAGAGGGUGGUGCAUUCUGGUUCACUGAUUUGACUACCCCUGAUGGAACAUAUAUCCUCCCAAUAUUAACAGCAUUGUCAUUCUUGAUUACGGUGGAGUGCAAUGCCCAGGAAGGCUUGGAAGGAAAUCCUGCUGGUCCUAUAAUUAAGAAUGUUUCAAGAUUCUUUGCCGCCCUUACUAUCCCAUUGACAGCAACUUUCCCUAAGGCUAUAUUCAUGUACUGGAUUACCUCCAAUAUUUUCUCCCUAACAUAUGGAUUGAUACUUAAAAAACCUGAAAUGAAGAAGCUAUUGGGAAUACCUAUAAUCCCUGUGGCCCCAUCCCCGGCUGCCCAGGAACCGCGACUCUCUUUUUUGGAAGCAAUAAGUAAGUAUUCUGCGUCACAAGAUCAGGCACAAUCAGCACCUAGUGAUGCUUCCAAACCUUCGAAGCAAAGAAUACCGUCAUCCUCGGUUCUAAGCCAAAGGCUACGAAGCUUAGAGAAACAAGUCAGAGAGAGGAAGAAAGGCAAGAAAAUGUGAUGAGCAUCACAUUGCAAAUUUGCAGCAUCUUUUGAAUGAAAUGCUGGACAUAAU